AUGGCCUCGGUGCCGUUUAUACCCCAUAUGAAGGCACGUGUUCUGACUGUCAUGUCCACGCGUUCUCAGGAUCAGGACCUCGUGUCCGAAGUGGCGCUCCAAAAUGGCCUUAAAGACCGUGACACAGCAUUAGCAUCUUCGCCAUCGAGUCAACGCCGCAUGGUUCCCUCCUUCGGCUGGCACCCGUGGUUCUCAUACCAGCUUUACGAUGAUUCGGUCUCCAAUCCAACCUAUGAUGGGACUCCAUCUGGCAAGGUAGCACACUACGAUGAGGUACUCGCGCCUGCACCAUCUACCAAAGAUGUGUCUUUCAGCGAAGGGCUCCCAGAUCCAAGACCACUAUCCGACUUCAUCAAGGAAACGCGGACACGUCUCGAGCAGCAUCCUCUGGCUAUUGUAGGAGAGAUCGGGCUGGAUAAGGCUUUUCGUCUUCCUCAGAGCUGGACUGCAGCCGAUGAGGCUCAGCGGGAUGAAGGUCUCACCCCCGGCGGCCGAGAAGGUCGGCUCUUGAGCCCCCACCGCGUCAAGAUGGCUCACCAGGCUACCGUUCUUCAGGCUCAGCUCAGACUGGCAGGUGAACUGGGCCGCCCAGUCAGCGUUCAUGGUGUCCAGGUACAUGGUGUGCUUUAUGACACUAUAGCCGAAUGCUGGAAAGGACACGAGAAGGAAGUCCUGUCUAAAAGGCAGCAGCGCCGUAUCGCACAAGGGGCUGAAGACUUUUCGGAAAAGUCCAAAUCUGAUCACGACGACGAGGACCCGCAGCAUGACCACCACAAAGGUAACCUAGAGAACGCGAGAUCAGGGCCUCCUAAGCCUGACCCGAAGCCAUAUCCUCCUCGGAUCUGCGUCCAUUCCUACAGUGGCCACGUUGGCAUGCUCAAGCAGUAUAUCCAUCCAUCGGUCCCGGCGAAGGUAUACUUCUCGUUCUCCAUAGCCAUCAACUGGGGGGCUGGCGGCGGCGAAAAGACCGAAGAGGUGAUCCGCGCCGUGCCCGACGACCGUAUCUUGGUCGAGAGUGACCUGCACACCGCGGGAGACAGGAUGGACCAGCUGUUGGAGGAAAUCUGCAGGAAGAUAUGUCAGAUAAAGGGAUGGGGUCUCCGCGAGGGAGUUGAGAGGCUGGGCCGUAACUAUAGGGAGUUUAUAUUUGGCUAA